AUGCCAUCGACAAUCUAUGAGCCUGUGAAGAGCUUCAAUGUGCCUCUUCCUAAACCAAGCAGGGUGAAGUCUACGUUAGCUCUGGAUGAAUCAACAAAAAGACAUGUAGAAAGCAGUCGCAAUGCUAUUCGAAACCUUCUGUCACAUCAAGUUUCUGAUGACCGCCUGAUGGUAGUUGUCGGACCGUGUAGCAUUCAUGACACGAACGCUGCCCUCGAGUAUGCUUCUCUGCUUGCCGAGGCGGCCGAUAAACAUCAGCGCGAGCUUGUCAUAAUCAUGCGUGUUUAUAUCGAGAAACCAAGAUCGACUGUUGGAUGGAAAGGGUUGAUCCAUGACCCAGACUAUGCGCAAGACCUCGAAAAUCUGAACCAAAGCUCUAUCCCAGACCUAUCUAAGGGGGUGUAUACAGCACGCAAUGUUAUGCUCGAAGUCGCAAAGAAGGGUCUCCCAGUCGCCACAGAGCUCCUGAACCCACUUCUUGUGUACUACUUGGACGAUAUAGUAUCCCUCGGUGUCAUUGGCGCUCGCACUACCGAGAGUCAGACCCAUCGUGAGAUGGCCAGUGACAUGCCCAUGCCGAUAGGAAUCAAGAAUGGCACUGAUGGCGGGCUUAAGGUCGCGGUUGAUGCCAUGAAAGCUGCAUCUCGACCGCACACCGUCGUCGGCUUUGAUGAAGACUCCUCUCUAGCGUAUCAUAUGAGCGGCGGAAAUCCUGAUACCUUUGUAAUCCUUCGAGGAGGCAGCCAAGGGCCCAACUUCAGCCCCAAGGAUAUCCAAGCUGCUGAAGCGGAGCUCCUCCGUGCGGGAAAAAAGCCUGCCAUUGUUGUCGACUGCAGUCAUGGUAACUCAUCAAAGGACUACCGCAACCAAGGGGCUGUUGCAGCGUGUCUUGCAGAUCAAAUAGCUCUUGGUGCCCCUAUCACGGGAGUCAUGAUUGAGAGUAACAUCAAUGAAGGCCGGCAAGAUGUACCUGUUAAAGGGUCUAAAGAAUGCUUGAAGUAUGGUGUUAGUAUUACAGAUGGUUGUGUAAGCUGGAAUGAAACAGAGUCGAUUCUGGAACGCUUAGCAACUGCCGUACGCCAGCGGCAAGAGGCCUCCACUACAUCUUCCCCGGCGGAGGAAUCAAUUCCUACAAUAAUGGUUGGACAGUCUCUGGCAGAUGAGAAACAUACAGUGCAGGAACAUACAGUAGAAGUUUCUGUGUGA